UUAAUUAUUUAUGCAAGGAGAAUGGAUUGUUAGUUUGUCAAUAAGGAUAAGGACAGUAUUGUGCAAUUUCGGCAAUACGUCUAAACUUGGCACCAAGGAAAUGUAAUGUUGAUCCUUUAAAGUUUAAGCUUAACAACAUACAUACGAAGUACGGAGUACUCCGUAGAAUAGAUACACAAUUAAGUUCAAUUUGCUUUCAAGUCUAAUAAUGAGCUACUCUUCGGUUUCUCAUGUUGCCCAUGACUCUUACCCUCCAACUCAAGGGGAUUAUCCAGGAUCUGCACCGCCCCCACCGCCUCGCCCGGGGUUUGAGCAAGGUUAUGGGUUUGGGCCUGGGCCUGGCCCUGGUCCAAGGUUUCAGGGUAGUCCUGGUCCUGGUCCUGGUCCUGGUCCUGGUCCUGGUCCUGGUCCUGGGUAUCAAGGUUAUUUCAGUGACAACUACCCACCACAAGUAGCCCAUGUCCGCCACAGUGGCCCAACUCAUUAUCCCUAUCAGCAUCAGCAGCCGUAUGAUAACUCUUAUGAUUAUGGGCCUUCUGGCUGUCCUUCCUUCCUUAGAGCUUGUAUGGCUACUCUUUGUUGUUGUUGCAUCCUGGAGCAAUGUUGUAGUUUCUGGUGACUUUGAUCACUAUUCAGUAGCGCACGCGGUACUUGUAAUUGUGUACUUGUAUAGUUGUGUUGAGCAUCUUAAUUCUUAAGCUUUGAAAGUUAUGCAUGUGAUCGAUGUGACAAAGCCAUUUAAGAAACUCAAGGGUCUUAUCUUAUCAUAUACAAGACCAUUCAGCUACUGAAUAUAAUUUGUGGCCGUGUACCGCUCUUACUCUCUCUUUCUUCAUGUCAAAAUGUAUUUAUCAUUGAAAUAAAUUCCUCUAUCCCUCUUGUUAUUA